GAUUCCAAGCUGUAAAACCAGUAAUCUCGGAAGGAAGUCAGGAGUGGAGCUGUCUCCUCAUGCCUGGGGUUCAGACUAAUAAAAAGAGACUAGAUAACUGAAACGGAAGAGGGGAAAAAACAGGAGGGGGGGGGGAAGACUGCUGCAGAGACCUUUAGUUCACAGAAUAUCAUCAUGAACCAGUGUCUCCUUCUACAUACUACCCCAACGGAACCAAAAGGCAAUGACUGGAUCAAAUUCUAGCCCUUUCACAUCAUAAUAUUGCUUUGGAAAGCAUUAAGAUGCCAUUUUUCAGUUGGAUGAAAUGGUCGAAGAACGAUUCUGACAAGUCCGCUGGGUACCCUGGGUCGGAAGUUGUAACGAAGACUUUGCUAAGGGAGCUGCAAUGGCACCUAGGAGAGCGUGAAAGGUUACUGCACGAGAUUGAAAACGAGCAGAGGACGCAGAAGACGGGAGCGGAUUAUAACUGGCUGAGAAACGAUUACAGCUUGAAGCCAAGCAUCCCCGUUACAGAACAAAAGCAACUGGAAGUUCUGUGCUCUCAGAUUCAGCCAUGUCACACAGGGACAGUGCUCAGCAGGUUUCGAGAAGUUCUGGCAGAAAAUGACGUACUGCCUUGGGAAAUUGUCUACAUAUUCAAACAAGUCCUGAAAGAUUUCCUGACUUCCAUAGAGAGAGAGAGUCAACAGGUGAAGCUGAUGGAUUUGUGGAACUCAAACUGCCCUGUAAACUUUGCAGUGUCCGGCGAUACUAACUCACCCAAAGAGGAAAUCCCAACGGUGUCCAGCUAUGUCGACAGAAAUACACAGAGUUUGUUCCCAAAUUUCUCAAACCGAAUCUGGAACUUGCCAUACUACUAUCCUGCCGGUUAAAUUGGAAAGCGUUUACUCUUAAGGAAUGAAGUGCACUUUCAUGCAACAGUGGCUAAAAGGUCACCUCUCACCCUCAUAUACCAUAUUACAGCAAAAGGGAUCAGACAACUGGCUUCUGAUGUUGGAGCCUACGCCAGGCACUGCUCUGCUGCACACAUGUGGUUACAAAGAA